AUGCUAGAUGAAGUAGUGGAUUUAAAAGAUUUGGAUGAGAUUGAGAGGAAGCCUAAAUAUGAAGCUUCAGUUUCUAUUAGGGAGCCAACAGUUUUCCAGUCAAGCACUCUAUUGAAGCCUCUUGUUCCCCAGUCUAGCAUUGUUGAUCAAUACCGAAAUCAAAUCAAGCUACGACAUUCUAUGAACCUAGAAAAACAAACAUUAAAAUGUAUGGCAAGUGAAAGCAAAGCAGCAAAUGUCACUUUUAAAGAUGUUGGAGAAAGAAAAUUCCUUAAACUAGAUAAGAACGUUCUGCUAGGGAGUGGGAGUAACGGAACUCGUGUUUAUCUAGGAACAUUCCGUCAGAGUGUAACUAAUGAUGAAACGCUGGUAGCCAUCAAAAGGAUCCAAUAUGAUACUGAGGCAGAGUAUAAAGCAACAUACCGAGAGGUUGCUACUCUGCAGAAACUGAAUCAUUCCAAUGUGAUCAAAUAUUUAUUCGCUGACAACAAUGAUGAAUUCAAUCUUAUGUUUAUCGCUCUUGAGUUAUGCAGAGGAUCUUUAAUCAAUAUAUUUGAACUCCGCAAAGAUGUUUUUGAAUGUCCCUUUAUACUCAAAAAUCGAGCUCCUGCUAACGAUUGGUGGUUUAAAAAACAUUUGCUUCUUGGAAUUGCAAACGGUCUAGAUUACAUCCAUCAACAGGGUCAUGUCCAUAGAGACCUUAAACCACAAAACAUUCUUGUUCAGGGAGAUGACAGCAACAUCUUUGGUUACAAAGCAGUAAUAUGUGACUUUGAGCUCGCCAAAGAAAUGGAGGCAGGGAAGUCCAAAUUGUCUGUGUCUCAGGGGAUUGUUGGUACCCAGGGUUGGAUGGCUAAGGAGGUGCUUGCCGGAGGAGCACAAACUAAAGCUUUAGAUGUGUUUGCUUACGGGUGUAUAGUACAAUUUGUCCUGGUAGAGAACAGAGAUAAGCAUGCAAUCCAUCCAUUUGGAGCAGACAUCCACCGGGAUAAUGCCAUCAUGGAAAGUAAGCGGUCUUCAUACAUUAGUACACAUAUUGCUGAUAUAAAUGGCUCAAUUCGUACUACUGGUCAAUCUUAUUAUGUCGGUGAAUUACUGCAGGGUAGAAGUGGGCUAGGAUAUGAAUAUCUUGGUGAUGCAAUUAUAGCUGAUUUACUCGUUAGUGUUUGCAUAUCAGGGGAUAAAACUGUCCGACCUUCAGCUCCUGAACUGUUACUCCAUCCAUUCUUCUGGUCGUAUGAGAAGAGAAUUCAGAGCAAUGAAAUGAUGUUUAAUUUGUAUAAACACGACUUUCAAAGACACGACAUAGUGUCGUUGAUGGAGAAGAAUUGGAGAAUCCUCAACACUUAUACCUAUUCCUCAUUAAUACCUGAUGCAUGGGAAUAUUAUGUUUCUCAUAGAAAAGCAACUAAAGGAAAGGUACCUUCUUCAAGACUGAGUAGUUCUCUCUUCAACUGUUUGAUGAGGCUGAUUCGAAACCUUCAGCAGCAUUACGAAGAAGCAAUUGCUCUGUCACCUGAACUUGAAGUUGCUUUAGAUGGGAACUCAGAGUCUCUGGGUAAAUAUUUUUUCGAAGGAGUGCCCCUGGCAUUUCCAGUAAUAUACAUUUACUUGUUUCAAUACCAAUGCAAUUCUCCGGAGAAAACUAUUGAAGUAAAACGGAAGAUCUAUCAGCAGCAACUCUCCACUCUUAUGAAUCUCAAGAGCAAUCAUCGUGCAUUGUAAACUUGAGUGGGACAUAAUUUUAGCAGUAGAUACUUUUAAGAAGGGCAUUUAUAAUUCAUUUAUUCAACGUUAUUAAUUUCGGUGUAUCAUUAUUAGUUUAGAUAUCAUCUGAUAUUGGCUUACAAAUAUAAUUUUAUCAACAAAUAAAUAAUUACAGAGAACCAACCAGUUUUUUUGUUUAUUGUCGUUGUUGGGUUUUUAAAUGUGACUUUUUCUUCAAUUAUUUCAGAUUAUUUAUUCGAUGGAUUGUUCAAUUGUCAAACUUUAUCAGUGUUGUAUUUCGUUGAUUGAUAAAUAAAUGAAUGUAUGAGUAAUAUCUAUCUGCUUUUUCUGAAAAAGAAGUUAAAAGAAGAAGUCAUAGAGCUUUUUGAGUUUAGAAUUAGGUACUAUUUUUUUACUAAUAAAGAAGUAAAGAGCUAUUUCGUCUUGUCUUUGUCAUUUUGUCGUGUUAUUUAAAUAGCCAUGUUUCUUCUUUAUGAUUAUCGGGAAUUUAUAUUAUUUUUCAUAGUUAAUGACUUGGCAUUAGACACGGUGUUUUAUUAUACUAAAGUCAAGGAUUAAUUCUUUUAACCAUUUUAUUCUUUUAUUGUAUUAAUUUUUUAUUUAAGUUCUUUCAAACUAUUUAUUUAUCUAAAUAUCUAUUACAUUGUUCAAAAAUUUUGGAUU